CAGGGAAAGAGACAGAGGUAACCUUGCCAAAAUCACCUUUAUCCUGGGCCACUGUGGGUCUACCCAAAGCUGUGCCUGCUGAGGAACAAAUAAUCCACUUACUAAAUAAAUAAACCAGAAAAUAAUAAUAACAAGCCCCGGAGAAGGUGACAAGUCCCUAGAAUUAGUGCUCCUAACAAAAUAGCUAUGAGACACUCAAAACAAAGCAACGGGCAAUCAUGACCCAAACACAGACAUCGGAAACUGUCGGUGACGUAGACCAAAUGCUGCCUUGCUCAGGAAUAGGGCUUCAAGGAGCCACCAUCCCGUGCGUGCAUGUUGCCAGAACUGGAGGGUUCUCUAGCAGAGCAUAAGUAAGUCAAGGGACAUGUGAAGAUGGCAUCACGUCACACGGAGAACAUCAGUGAGAUGGAAGGACUUGUGUCAAAGAGACAAGUGGAAAUGUGGAGAGGAAAAGGACAAACGAAAUAAAAACUUGAACGGCUGAGCAGUUUCCGGCUCCAGCUUCAAAAGAACAAACACUCAAAACAAAGGAAGUGGUCCUCAACCGCAGGAAGCAGGAAGUGUCUGCUGGGUCCUCGGCUGAAGCCCAGGGACAGUGGGAUGGAGUCCGUGGCCCUGUACAGCUUCCAGGCCACAGAGAGUGACGAGCUGGCCUUCAACAAGGGGGACACACUCAAGAUCCUGAACAUGGAAGAUGACCAGAACUGGUACAAGGCCGAGCUCCGAGGAGCCGAGGGUUUUGUCCCCAAGAACUACAUCCGUGUAAAGCCACACCCGUGGUACUCGGGCAGGAUUUCUCGGCAGCUGGCUGAAGAGAUUCUGAUGAAGCGGAACCACUUAGGAGCCUUCCUGAUCCGGGAGAGCGAGAGCUCCCCUGGCCAGUUCUCUGUCUCUGUGAAUUACGGUGACCAGGUGCAGCACUUCAAGGUGCUCCGAGAGGCCUCAGGGAAGUACUUCCUGUGGGAAGAGAAGUUCAACUCCCUCAACGAGCUGGUCGACUUCUACCGAACUACCACAAUUGCCAAGAGGCGGCAGAUCUUCCUGUGUGAUGAGCAGCCGCUGCUCCAGCCAACCCGGGCCUGCUUUGCCCAGGCCCAGUUUGACUUCUCAGCACAGGACCCAUCUCAGCUCAGCCUCCGCCGAGGUGACAUCGUGGAAGUCGUGGAGUGUGGGGACCCACACUGGUGGCGGGGCCGGGCCGGCGGGCGCCUGGGUUUUUUCCCCCGGAGCUACGUGCAACCGGUACAACUGUGACCCCACAAGACCAGAGGAGCAAUGCUCCGGCCUCAGCCUCUUCACACUAACCAGGACCUAGUCUGGGCACCACCAGGCUGGUUGCCGGGUUCAUGAUGUCACGGGCCACUGACAAGGCCCAGCCUCUCCAGGAUUGAGGACGGACUACUAAUGGCUAGGGCCCAGCUUAGAGAAUGCUCCCCGUGAGCAGCCAGCCACCUGCUGCUUGUCUUCCAGAAGCACCCUUCAGGUUGUGCAAGUUGCUGGGAACGUGGCUCAGCCCUGAGCAACCUGGACUUCCAUAAGGGUGCAGGGUAGUUUCUCCCACUUCAACAACUUGGGGCCUCCAGACCUUACCCCAUCAUCACAGGAUGGGGCUAUAUAGAGGUGACUUCUGUUGGUAGAGGCCCAUGAGGGACAGAAGCCAUACAGUGGAUCCUCUCCUGUUGGUACAGAGAGAGCCCAGCCUGGAGGUCUGGGCUCUGCUGGUUCUGGGGGAACAGACAGCCUAUGGCCAGCAUUGAGUGAACAUAAGUCCAAAGGGGUGAUGCCUGGCCAUCGAGGGAACCUGAGCUGCCUCUGCCCAGAGUCAGAGCCCCUUCAGUUGGGAAAACUGAGUCAGACUUCACAAGGCCUGGCAUGGUGGUAGGCUUUGGGGGAGGGAGGAAGAGAGAGAGAGGGAGAGCAUGCCUCUGUGGUUGUCUUUAGUCCCUUGAAGAGCCCAGGUUCCAGGGGUUCUCCCUGAGUCCAGGCUGGCCCAAGACCCUUCAAGCUCUGAGCUUGGCUUACCCUAUGCUCCCAAUCCAUACCUGCAUAUUCAAAAUAAAACAUUAUCCAGUAGACAUCCAA